AUGUCGAACAACGCGGUGCCCGGCUCCCCGUCGUCGCCGCCUGCAUCGGGCGGCGUCAGGCGACAUCACACGAUCUCCUCAUCGUCGCGGGCGGCGAGGGCGGGUGCGAAGGACACGAUCUCGGAGUAUGAGGAAGGAGAGAACUGGAACGAAGACGAAGUCGUGGGCGAGGGCUGGGUCGGUGGCGUUGGUGCUGUCGGCGAGAAGAGCUCCCUGCACAGGCAGGCGUCGCUCCCUACUCGUUACCAUCGUGCUUUCCAAGGCAAGGCCCCCAAGUCGGGCACGAUGACCCCUAGCAAGCUGAACAGUCUGUCGGCCAUCGCGGGUCACGAAGGCGACGAGGAAGACUGGGAACUCCAGCGCGCGAUCGGGGCGUAUAACGCGCACGAUGAUGAGCUCGCGCAGGAGCAGCCGCAGGAGGAUCCGCAGGCUGCGGGCUCGCCCUUGUCGCCCACCGCGUACGGCAACCCACCACAGGUGCCCUCUCCUCCCCCCGCUGCGUCCGGUGUGCGACGCCAUCAGUCCAUGACGUACGGGGUGCAGCGCAACAAGCAGCAGCCCCUUACCGGCCUCAAGCGCUCAGGCACGCUGCAGACUCCCCUCCCGCAUGGUGCGGCGGCCCCGCAGACGCCUUCUGCGCCGGAAAGUCAGGAGCCCGAGGAAGAGUAUGCGUACGCCGCGGAAGAACCAGGAAUUUACGACGAAGAGUACAAACCAUAUGGUCCCAUGAGCCCCAUCGGCCGCUCCUCGCCCUGGGGAAACAAUGGGAACAACGAAUGGCGCACUCCGGGCGGCUCCAUUUCGUCUACUGGCAGCGGAGCUAUCGACGAUGUUCAGCGCGCGCUCUCAGCACUCGAGAUCAGCAACAACAGCUACGCCCAGGGUGGCAACGCCUUCCAGGGUGCCGGCCAGAGCGUCCAUCCGCCCCGCUUCAACCCUGCGCACCCGCCGCCCCAGCAGCAGCCCGGCAUGCGCAACCCCAUCCCAGGCAACGGUAGGGGCCACGGCAGUGACUUCAACGGUCGCAAGACGCCGACGGGCUCUGGCAACUACGGCGGCCAGGGUUGGGAGCAGCAACCACGCGAGCGCAGCAUCACGCCAAGGCGGUCGAACCCGAACCUGCAGUUCAAGAGCAACGACAUCCCGAGCGUGCCGCCCAUUCCUGCUCAGUAUUUGCAGCAGAACAACACGGGUGGCCAGCCUCGUCUCGGGAUGAAUAACACUGGUGGUGCGACCUCGCCAGUUGGCGGCCAGCCCGGACCGGCGCCGUCCCUGCAGGGCUUCGUUAAUGCGCCCAUCGAUGUUCCCUCGCUUAUCGCUGCCAAGGGCUACAAUCCGUCCAACUUCGACAUCCGGCCUCAAUUUGCGCGGUACUUCGUCAUCAAGUCCUAUACCGAGGAUGAUGUCCACAAGUCACUCAAGUACGAGAUUUGGAGCUCGACUGAUCCGGGCAAUAAGCGCUUGGACAAGGCUUUCAAGGAGACGGCUGGCCGCGGGCCCAUCUACCUGUUCUUUAGUGUUAACGCUAGCGGUCACUUCUGCGGUAUGGCCGAGAUGCUGACGCCGGUGGACUACACGCGAAGCAGCACUGUCUGGGCUUCGGACAAGUGGAAGGGCGUGUUCAAGGUCCGCUGGAUCUUCGUUCGCGAUAUUCCGAACGUCAGCCUGCGCCACAUCAAGCUCAACAACACGCAGGAGCGUAAGCCCGUGACCAACUCGCGCGAUACGCAAGAGCUGUUGUCCGAUGCGGGUCUUGAGAUGCUGCGUAUUUUCGCUACGCAUCCCGCACGGACAUCUCUGCUGCAGGACUUCGCCUUCUACGAGCUGCAGUCGAUGCAGAAAAUUCAGGCCCAGCAGAGCAACAACAACUCGACGCAGGGCAGCGCUGCCGUCUCGCCCAUCGCCACGCCCGCGCAGCUCGCCAGCCCUCAGCUCGGAAGCACGUCACCGAAUCUUGCCCAGCAGCAAGCCUCGCCGAACCUAUUCAUGCAGAGCCCCUACCAACUGCCCGCGAUGAACCCAAUGCUGCAGAUGCAGAUGCAAAUGCAGCAGAUGAACAACAUGGGCAUGGGCAUGAACGGCAUGGGCCUUGGCUCCCCGCAGUUCGGCAUGCCGCAGAACCAAGCCAUGCAGCAGAGCGUCAUGCGCAACCCGAGUCCUGGGCCGCAGGGUGGCGGACAGAACUUCAUGGGUAUGCCGACGUUCUGAGCGCCCUCGCCUCGUCGAAGUCAAAGAAGAAGAAAGGCAAUCGAAGUCCAAGAAGUGUACUGCCGACCGCCAAUUGUAUGCAAGUUCAAGCUCAUAUCUGUUUAUCUUCUCCCCCGCCGUCUAGACCCCCGCACGCUUCGUCUAAUGCAGCAGAAUUGUGGAAUAAUACGUUACGAUCUUGUACUUGCAUCGCCCCUCGUCGAUGUAACGCCGACCCCCUCUUUCCUUACGCUGUGUUCCCUUCAUCUAUGCUAUCACUAUCUGUCCCCUUCCCCGCCUCCUGAAUAUUUGUUCUCCACCAUCCUAUUUCUCGCGUGCGUGCG